CGCUCCUCCUCGGUGCUCGCCUGGCUCACCACGAACCGUGUAACACACACAAACAGCCGACGUUCCGGGCCGAGACCCCUCAUCGGGAUUGGCGGGGUCUGGUCUCUAGGCCGCGGCCGCCCCGCGCUCUCUUAAUCGCGCAGGCCCGGCGGGGCUCCAGUUAGUCCCGCCCAGCCCUGCUGUUGCCCCGCCUCCCCCGCGCGCGCGCCCGCCCGCUCCCCCUUCCGGCCGGCCGGUGACAGCGAGCAUGGCGGCGGGCGGAGAGUGCUACCUGGGCAUCGACCUCAGCACGCAGCAGAUGAAAGCCAUAGUUAUUGAUGAUGAUCUGAACAUAAUCCAUGAGGCCAAUGUGAAGUUUGAUGAUGAUUUUCCAGAGUUUGGGACCCAGAAUGGUGUCCAUGUACAGAGUGACAAGCUAACUGUUACAACACCUGUCCUGCUGUGGGUAAAGGCAUUGGAUUUACUCUUGGACAGGUUGAAAGCUGCAAACCUUGAUUUUUCAAAGUUAAAGUCUUUGUCUGGUUCUGGUCAACAACAUGGCAGUGUUUAUUGGAAGGAGGGAGCCAAUCAGACCUUGCAAAAAAUGCCUGCUGACCUUUCUCUGCACCAGAUAUUGGAGUCCAGCUUCUCAGUUAAGGAUUCUCCUGUCUGGAUGGACUCCAGUACUACUGAAGAAUGCCUCCAACUAGAGAAGUGUGUUGGAGGACCACAGAAACUGGCUGACAUCACUGGAUCACGUGCUUAUGAGCGUUUCACAGGAAACCAAAUUGCAAAGAUCCACAAAGAGAAUCCUGAAGAAUACAAGAAAACUGAGAGAAUCUCUCUAGUCAGCAGCUUUAUUGCUUCCCUGUUUCUUGGAAACUAUGCAGCAAUUGAUUAUAGUGAUGGUUCUGGUAUGAACUUGAUGGAUAUCCGUACACACAAGUGGUCACAGCAGUGUCUUGAUGCUUGUGCUCCUGGUCUGAAAGAGAAGCUUGGUGUCCCACUGCCAUCGCACACUGUAUUGGGGUCAAUAUCACCAUACUUUGUGAAACGGUUUGGAUUUAGUUCCGAGUGUAAGGUCAUUGCAUUCACGGGAGACAAUCCAGCAUCACUGGCUGGAAUGCGACUUCAGCAGGGAGAUAUAGCAGUAAGUCUUGGAACAAGUGAUACUGUCUUUCUCUGGAUUCAGGACCCAAGACCCACACUGCAGGGACAUAUUUUUUGCAACCCGGUUGAAAGCAAUGCCUACAUGGCACUCAUUUGUUUUAAGAAUGGCUCCUUGACAAGAGAGAGGAUCCGCGAUGAGAGUGCCUCUGGUUCAUGGGAUGAAUUUACGAAGGCUUUGAAAGCAACUUGUCCAGGGAAUAAUGGAAAUUUAGGUUUUUAUUUUGAUGUGAUGGAGAUCACUCCUGCUGCCAUUGGCAUUCAUCGAUUUAACAAUAGGAAUUACAAAGUGUCAGAGUUUUUAAAAGAGGUGGAGGUUCGAGCUGUUCUAGAGAGUCAGGCAUUGGCUAAAAGAGCAUAUGCUGAGAAGCUGGGCUACAAAGUCUUGCAAGGGACCAGAGUGCUGGCCACCGGCGGAGCUUCCAUGAACCCAGAUAUACUGCAGGUCUUGGCAGAUGUGUUCAAUGCCCCAGUGUACACAAUAGACACAACUAAUUCAGCUUGCCUUGGAUCUGCUUACAGAGCAAAACAUGGUUUGAAAGCAUCAAUGGGACAGUCCUUCGCAAAUUCAGUGAAAAUGGCAGCAUCAUCAAAGCUGGCAGUCAAACCCAUAUGUGAAGCAGACACGAUAUAUCGUCCAAUCCUGUCACGCUAUCAGGAGCUGGAAAAGUUGGUGCAGAGUAGCGCCUACACAAUGAAGGACUAAUCUGGGAUGCACCCCUUCGAUUCUUCAAGCAAAUGAGGCUUUCAAUUUGUCAUGCUGAUACCAGCUCCUUUAAUGAGUUCUGUACAAAUGUUCCCUCUUUUACACUCAAAAUUCAUUCCAGUGGAAUCCAGCUCCAACAUACAGGUAGUGUACUCUAAAACUUAGUGUGAAGAAAUUUCUUCUCUAAAGACUAGGGCUUACAAGAGAAAACAGUUCUCUCUACUCUGAGCUCCUUCAUCAGAUCCCAGCUUCACCUUCUGUGCAGUUGGGAGAACAAUCCCAAUUUUUACUUGUUUCACCAAAUACCUGUAUCUCAGUCUGGAACCACACUGAUAUUCUAUUUCUAUGACCUCUCCAUAGUGGAAUCCUAACCGUAGAGAAGUAGCCAAAAUCUUACAUGAUGCUUUAGAAUGGAAUCAUGGAGCACUAGAGCACAACAACAGGCCUUUCAGCUCAUCCAGCCCACACCUGGAUCAUAGCCCUUCACACCCCUCGUAUCCAAAUUUCUCUCAAAUGUUGAAAUCAAACCAGCACCCACCAUUUUUGUUGGCAGCUCAUGUUCCCUCUCAUGACCCCCUUAAGCAUUUCACCCUUCACUCUUAACCCAUGACCUCUAGCUCCAGCUCCAGCCUGGAUCCCUGGUCACCCCUUCCCCCACUAGUUCUGGCCGCCUCAUCUUCACCAUGGAUGUUCAGUCCCAAUACACUUCUAUGCCCCAUCAAGAUGGCUUCAAAGACCUCCGCUUCUUUCUUGACAGAGAACCAGUUCCACUCCACCACCACAUUCCUCUGUCUGGCAGAACUGGUUCUAACCCUGAACAAAUUUUCCUUUGUCGCCUCCCACUUUCUCCAAGCUCAAGAGCUGGCUACGGGCACACCAUCUGCUAUGUGGAACAGUCCAUGACUGAAGCCUUUCCCGGUUAUAAUCUCCAACUCUUUCAGUGCUACAUUGACGACUGCAUCAGUAAGACUUCAUGCACCUAUGCUGAGCUUGUCAAUUUUAUCUACUUUGCCUCUAACUUCCACCCUGUCCUUUAGUUCACUUGGACCAUUUCUGACCCAUCCCAACCCUUUCUUGAUCUCUCUGUUUCCAUCUCUGGAGACAAACUGUCAACCGACAUUUUUUAUAAACCUACUGAUUCCCAUGGCUAUUUCAACUAUUCCUCUUUUCACCUUAUCUCCUCUAAAAAUGCUAUUCCCUUUUCUCCUUUUGCUUUUGCAUCCUUUUCAAAAUAAUUUUGUUUAGAUUGCAGCAUCUGUCCAUGUUGUCUCCACAGAGUGCAGCACCUUACUUUAGCCACAUGCCUGCUCAUCUCACCAGUGUGUCCAUAUUCCCCUGGUCUCCCACUAACCUGUUCAGCAGUUACGAAGUGUCACCCACAUAAUUGUACUCCUCAUAGCCACUUUGGUAAUUUAUUUAUAGUUGUUUGAUUUAAAAUGUAAUUAUUAUUGACAUUAUUUGUAGUUAUUAGAGAAUCCAACCCCAAGAUACUCAGACCACAUGAUUUUCUUGAUGAAAUUCCUGUAGCUUUUUUGUGCCAAGUGUAAAUGCAAUGGCAUUAUAAUGUUGUAAUAAACAGUAAAAAUAUCCAGCUGUUACAUAUAGCUAAGAAUGGUGUAACUAAUUAACACAUAGCUCAAUGCCAAGAAUGACUCAUUGAGUGUAUUAGGCCAUAUGGCCUCUUUUAGUGCUGUAUUUUUUAUCAAAUUCUCUGUAAUUGUUCUAGUGAUGUUUCAUUCAUCUCUUCAUUUCAGCAUUAAACCUACACCCCCAACGCUCUCGCUCUCUCUCUCUCUCUCUCUCUCUCACACACACACACACACACACACACACACACAGUCAUUCACAUACACCUUCACCCUCACGCUUGCCCUCACCCACAUAGUCUCUCACACACGCGCAUCUCCAGUAUCCACUACACAUCCUCCUCAUACACGUGUGUGCACACGCCCACCCCCAUGCAUACACAACUCUAUCACACACCCCUCAUAUCCACCACAAACACCAUAUUCAGCCAGACCCGUAUACCUUACAUAAACCAGUACAUAUAAACACACUCAAAGGCUGAUAGUAAGGGAGCAUGGAUUCCAGUAUUCAACCAUUGAUGUAACAAAGGAGAUUGGAAUAGCUGGUGAUAUUUUGGAGCCUCAGUGUUCAAGUCACCCUAAGUUUAGGUAUUAUUAUUGGAGGAAAGGCAGAAACAAAGAGAGGAAUUUUUAGUCUUGAGGUCUUAGGAAGAAUUAAAUCUGAGUGAAAGAUUGUCCCGAGUCAACGACCCUUCGCUGUAUCUGGAAAAGAGAGAAGAUGAAUUUGCUUAAAUUGUAAGAAGGUGGAGGGAGUGAUGGAUUGGACAAAGGGAGUGUGUGUGAUAAAUCUCCAUUAAUGAACUGGUCGCAUUUCUACACCAAUACAGAACACAUUUCUAGUUUUGGUUGCAAUUUACAAAUGACCAUGUUCAUCAAAAUCAAAUCCUAGUUCAGUCAACAUUACUUGACAAAUGCCCUCCAAGCAGAUACCAAUCUGUUACAAUUUUGCUACAAGGUCUCACAGUGCAUUUUCCAAAUGCUUCACCACAAUUAAAUUCUGUGUGUGUUAAGAAGCUGCUGUUAAAAUAACACUACAAUGAAUGGCCAGCUACACUUAUCUACUUACUGAAGGCAUAUUACAAUGAAUUGUCACAUACUGUAAUGCACUGAGAUGUUGUCAUUAUAUUAAUUCAUCACACUCAUUAGUUUGAUGAAGUCAUGGGAUAAUUACAAUAAAGUCGCUUUGGUGAUUAAUAAUGCU